AUGUCCUUGCCCGCUGUGAGACGGCUGACCCACUCGUCUCCCCGCACUUUUGCCCGCAUCCCCGUCUCUACAAUCUCCCGCUUUGCCUCUCCAUCGCCCAUUGCUUCUGUCCGCGCUCGCGCUCCUGUGACUCGAUUCUCCACGAUGGCUGCUCGUCAAUCUGCUGCUCCGGCUGCGUCAGUCGACAAGUCCUACGAUCCUGAGAUCCAGGACAUGGCCAGCUACAUCCACAAAUACAACGUGGAUUCUGACCUUGCUUUUGACACUGCUCGUCUCGUUUUCCUGGACACUCUGGGUUGUGGUCUGGAGGCCCUGAAGUUCAAGGAGUGCGCAAAGCUGUUGGGCCCCACUGUUGAGGGCACUGUUGUCCCUCACGGUACCCGCGUGCCUGGUACUCCCUACCAGCUGGACCCCAUCAAUGGAGCUUUCAAUAUCGGUGCUAUGAUCCGAUGGCUCGACUACAACGACUGCUGGCUCGCCGCUGAGUGGGGUCACCCCUCCGACAACCUGGGUGGUAUUCUCGCUGUGGCCGACUGGAUCUCCCGCACUAACCGCGCCGGCGGAAACAUUGGCAACGGAAAGAUCCUGACCAUCCGCGAUGUCCUUGAGGCUAUGAUCAAGGCUCACGAGAUCCAGGGUGUUCUGGCCCUGGAGAACUCCUUCAACAAGGUCGGCUUGGACCACGUCCUUUUGGUCAAGGUCGCUACCACCGCUGUCGUUUCCAAGCUUCUGGGCCUCACCGAGAAGCAGACGGCCGAUGCCAUCACCCAGGCUUUGGUUGACGGCCAGAGUCUCCGUACCUACCGUCACUCUCCUAACACCAUGUCCCGCAAGUCCUGGGCUGCCGGUGAUGCUUGCCAGCGCGCCGUGAACCUUGUUCUGAAGGUCCAGAAGGGUGAGGGUGGUCUCCACACUGUGCUCUCUGCUCCUACUUGGGGUUUCUACGAUGUCCUUUUCAAGGGCAAGAAGUUCCAGUUCCAGCGUCCUUAUGGCAGCUACGUGAUGGAGAACGUUCUCUUCAAGGUCUCCUAUCCUGCUGAGUUCCACUCCCAGACUGCCAUUGAGGCUGCUCAGAUCAUCAACAAGAAGCUUGCUGAGCUUGGAAAGAGCGCCAGCGAUAUCAAGGAGAUCACCAACCGCACCCACGAGGCUUGCAUCCGUAUCAUCGACAAGCAGUUCAAGCCCAUGGACAAUUUUGCCGAUCGUGAUCACUGUGUUCAGUACAUGGUUGCCAACAUGUUGGUCUUCAACCGCUUGACCGCCAACGACUACGCCGACGGCUCCGAGGCUGCUACCUCUCCUCUGCUGGAGGACCUCCGCCAGCGCAUCCGCUGCGUCGAAGAUGAGCAGUUCACCAAGGAUUACCACGACCCCACCAAGCGCACCAUCCCCAACGCUCUCACCGUCACCCUGAAGGACGGCACCGUUCUGGAUGAGGUGGUUGUUGAAGCUCCUCUGGGCCACCGUCUGCGCCGCGAGGAGGCCAAGCCGGAGAUUCUGGCCAAGUACAAGCGCCACUUGCAGGGACACUUUGACCAGGCUCGCAUUGACGAGCUGCUGAAGGUCGGCUGGGACCGCCAGCAGCUCGAGAACUUCGAGGUCGACAAAUACGUUGACCUGUACGUCAAGGACAAGGUCAUUGCCCCGUCCUCGUAA